AGCGACGUUCGGCCUCCAGCUCCUCGCGCGCCGAGCCAUGAUCGAGCCGCCGGCCGACGUGUGCGCCUUCCUGCGGGAGCAUCCGAGCCUGCGGCUGGAGCCCGGCGCCCGCAAGGUGAGGUGCGCUCUGACGGGCCACGAGCUGCCCUGCCGCCUGCCGGAGCUCCAGGUCUACACCCGCGGCAAGAAGUACCGGCGGCUGGUCCGCGCCUCCCCGGCCUUCGACUACGCCGAGUUCGAGCCGCACAUUGUGCCCAGCAUCAAGAACCCGCACCAGCUGUUCUGCAAACUCACCCUGCGGCACAUCAACAAGUCCCCGGAGCACGUGCUGAGGCACACCCAGGGCCGGCGGUACCAGAGGGCGCUGCAGAAAUACGAGGAGUGCCAGAAGCAGCGCGUGGAGUUCGCGCCCGCCUGCCGCCGGCACAGGCGUGGGAGGAGGGGAGCCCGGCCGGACAGUGGCGGGCCGCCCCGGCCUAGAGAAGCCUUCUGGGAACCCGCGUCCAGCGAUGAUGGCGCUGCCCCAAGUGACAGUGACGACAGCAUGACAGACCUGUACCCACCCGAGCUGUUCACCAAAAAGGACCUGGGAGGGACCGAGCACGAGGACAGCACCGACGACUUUCUGACGGGGGAUGAGGACGAGAAGCCAAGACGCCGCAGAGAGACGGGCCCUGGGGACAGCGAGGCCGUGGGCUGGGAGCAGGUCCCCAAGCGCGGGAAGAAGCAGUCCGGCUCGUCGAAAAAGAAGCCCAAGAGUCACCACCGCAAACCGAAGAGCUUCGGCUCUUUCCAACAGCAUCGACCCCUGGUCCGAGCACUAGCCCACGCAGGGCCAGGGGAGGCGGGACUGGUGGCCACGACGCCACCUGGCCACCAGGGUCAAUCUGUUUUUACAAACCAGAAAGGUCUUCCUAGCAGCGAGCCGAAGAAGACCCGUACCCUGCCAAAAACGGUGUCACGGAGCAACUGCGACCUGGCCGCGCGCGCCAUUCAUCAGGGCCAUCGUGCUGGGGUAGACGUGGAUCUGGGUUCAGGACUGGCCCCGGCAGCCCUGGGGAGGCCCUCAGGCUUGCACCCCUGGCUGAGCAAACCGGAGAAGUGGCAGCUGCCCGCCACCGAGCUGGGCCCUCGGGCGGCCAAGGCCCGCGUGCUGCCGGGCCUGGGGGGCGGGGCGUCGCCCCCUGAAAACGGCACCAAUCCAAGUCGAGCCCCUGAUGAACGCAGACGGCAGCCUCGGCUGCCCCUCUAA